AUGUGCCUUUGUCUUGGCCCUAUUAAAUCAGGUAAAACAUUUUUAAUGAAACGUUUACAAGGAGAUGAAAUAGACAAUGCAACUCAUACCGUUUCUACGAAUGGUAUAAAUCUUUUUACAAUAAAAAACAAUACUGGAGAAUUUGAUAUGAUUAUUAAAGAAAUUGGUGGUAGUAUGGCACCAAUAUGGAAACAUUACUUUGAUAAGAUACAGAAGCUUAUUUAUGUGAUAGAUGCAAGCAACCUUUGUCAAAUAAGCGCAGCAGGAGUAUUACUUUACUCAUUAUUAGUUGAUCCUAGAUUACAUAAUAUAAAAAUUGCACUAACACUGAAUAAAAUGGAUCUUUCUUAUCGUCAAAUGCGCAAUGAAGCUUUACUUAUGCUUCAAUAUUUACGACUAAAAAAAGAAACUAUACAAGAGUUAACUAUAUUUGAAACUAGUGGAAUGACUGGUGAAGGUACUGAAAAAUUAAGAAACUGGUUAUUUGAUCCACUUACUUUAAAAUCUGCAAUAAGUGUAAAUAAGUAA